UGUUCACACCAAUAAAGACGUUGAACACAUGCACUCUAUCAUGAAUACGCGGCCCUCCUUUACAGCUUUUAAACAAAUUUAUGGUACAAUCUGGCCUGUCAUUUUCUCCUUCCUCCAUUCUCUUGCAGAUCAGUAGAAGCACAUAGAUUCAAGCAAUCUUGUUCCUUCCAAGGAUCUGCGAAUCCAUUAGCAACGAAAUGUGCUUUUUGAACCAGUUUUUAACUUCAGAUCGAUCCAUCAUUUGCCCUUCUAUUCCGGUGUAGCAGUCCCGGAAAUUCUAUCUUAGAGGCCAUAUAGCAAAAUACAAAGAAACAGUUCACUCGAAAACCCGGAAAUUCUUGUAAAGAAACCAAGUCCAGGGAAUUGGUGAAGUCGAUUAUGGGUCGGUUUCAGAUUAGAGCCUUGUGUUUCUGUCUCCUCCUCCUACUUGUGUUCAAAACCUGCAUAGCCGACGAACAACACAAAGAUCGAAUCUUUCCCGGGUUCCAGGCAUCUCAGGUGGACUGGAGUGAUCAUGUGGGGCUGUUCCUGCUAUCGAACAACUCGGCGUUCGCCUUAGGGUUCUACCAAGCCCUGGAUGUCAAGUUGUAUUUACUUGUGAUUAUUCACUUGGGUACUGGUAAAGUGGUCUGGACUGCUAACAGAGGCAAACUGAUUUCCAAGUCCGAUAAGUUCGUUUUUGAUAAAAAUGGGAGUGCCUACUUGACAGGCAGUGAUAGCGUGGCCUGGUCUACAAACACAACAGGACAGGUAGCUUCAGCCAUGGAAUUGCAGGAUUCUGGAAACCUGGUGUUGCUUGGAUACAAAGGAAGCAUUCUUUGGCAGAGUUUUAGCCAUCCCACGGACACUCUCUUACCUGGCCAGGAGUUCUUGCAAGGAAUGCAGCUCAAAAGUUUUCGCAAUCCCAAUAACGUGUUUCACUAUCUUGAAAUUCAGUCAGGGGAUCUGGUCUUGUAUACAGGAUACGAACCUCCUCAAAUCUAUUGGUCCUCGGCGAUUGACAGCAGGAUGAGCAACAACAAUGUCAUUGGCAAUAUUCACUCUUUGUCUCUGGCGUCCAAUGCGUUGAAUUUCUAUGAUGCAAAUAAAUCCUUGCUUUGGCAAUUUGUCUUCUCUGAUAACAAGGACCCGAAUGCAUUCUGGUCUGCGGCUUUAGGAGCUGACGCCGUGAUCUCCUUUUACGACCUUCAGAAGGGAAAGUCUGUUACUUCUGAAGCAACUAAGAUCCCGCAAAAUUCAUGCAGCACUCCUGAGCCUUGUGCCCCUUAUUUUGUGUGCUACUUUGACAAUUGGUGCCAAUGUCCUUCGCUUCUCACUUCCCGCUUUAAUUGCAGACCUCAAGCACUCCCAACUUGUAAUAGCUCCAGAAGCUCAACGGAGCUUUUAUAUGUUGGUGAGAAGCUUGAUUACUUUGCCCUUCAGUUUACCAAACCCUCCCUGCUGAAAUCCAAUCAGAGUUCCUGCAAAGAAGCUUGCAUGAGCAAUUGUUCUUGCCUUGCGCUCUUCUUUGAAAGCAGCUCUGGACAUUGUUAUAUGUUUGACCGGGUAGGGAGUUUUGAACGCUCCGGUGCAAAUUCUACCGGGUACAUCUCUUUCAUGAAGAUUUUAAGUGAUGGAGGAAUCAAUGCCGGACAAGGAAAUGGAAACAGAAGCAAACACAUCUUGUUAAUCAUGGUCAUUUUGAUUGCAACAAUUUUUGUUAUUGCUGGUCUAGUUUAUAUGGGAUUCCUGUACUACCGCAGGAAGAGACUACUUGAUUAUUCUCAAGAAAUCUUGGAAGAGGAUAAGUUCUUGGACAGUCUUUCUGGGAUGCCUAUUCGCUUCAAGUACGGUGAUCUUAGCAGAGCAACUAAAAACUUCUCCAACAAAAUUGGCCAAGGAGGGUUUGGUUCAGUCUACAUAGGCCAGCUCCCAGACGGCAUCCAACUGGCUGUGAAAAAACUGGAGGGCGUUGGCCAGGGGAAGAAAGAGUUUAGAGCUGAGGUCACUAUUAUUGGGAAAAUUCGUCACGUCCAUCUGGUCAAGCUCAGAGGUUUCUGUGCAGAAGGGCCUCACCGGCUUCUUGUUUAUGAGUACAUGGGAAAAGGGUCUUUAGAUAAGUGGAUAUUCAAUACCAACAAAAAGGAGGCCGUCUUGGAUUGGAACACAAGAUUCAAUAUUGCACUGGGCACUGCAAAGGGGUUGGCGUAUCUACAUGAAGAAUGUGAAGAGAAGAUUGUCCACUGCGAUAUAAAACCCGAAAAUGUUCUUCUUGAUGACAAUUUUGUUGCCAAAGUUUCAGAUUUUGGUUUGGCAAAGAUGAUGAACCGGGAGGAAAACCUUGUACAUACAACGGUGAGGGGUACAAGAGGGUACCUAGCUCCGGAAUGGGUUACCAAUCAUGCCAUAUCAGAGAAGAGUGAUGUGUACAGUUACGGCAUGGUGUUGCUUGAGAUCAUUGGUGGGAAGAGGAAUUUUGAUCCAGUGAACAGUUCUGAGAAAGGUCACUUUCCUUCUUAUGCAUUUAAGCUGUUGGAAGAGGGAAAUCUGAAACAAUUGCUCGAUCCGAAGCUAGAUGUUGAUGAAAAUGAUGAAAGGGUUGUGACUGCAAUCAAUGUUGCAUUGUGGUGCAUUCAAGAUGAGAUGCAUAUGAGGCCUCCGAUGACGAAAGUAGUCCAAAUGCUUGAAGAUCUUUCUGCUUUACCACCACCACAGAUUUCCUCCUCCUCUCUGUCAGGUCGUCAUGUGAGUUUCUUACAAUGGAGCGGCAAGGAACCUAGUUCGUCGUCAGGACUCACUAAUUACAACAGUGAUAGAUUCCUAUCGGACAUUCAACUUUCGGGGCCAAGAUGAUGGAAGCAAGUUAUAUAAAUUGUGAUGUACCUGUGGCGGUUUAGUUUCAAGGAUAAAAGGUAUAGUGUAUCAACCUUUGUAUGGUCAGUUAAAAUUCUGAAGCCAAUGUAUGUUCCCGUAUCGUUUUAUACACCCUAAACCCUAAACUCAAAACCCUUUAAGCUGUGUGAAAGCAGUCGAAAGCAGCCUUUUUCCGAAACCCUGCAAUCCAUGCCUCUAAUGAGAGCUGAGGCUUAUUGGAAAGAAGAGAGACCAACCAAUCUACAGAA